AUGGAAUAAUAAAAUUAAUUUUAAAGUAAUAAAUCGAUUUUAAAUUUCGGUUCAACAAUAUAUUUAUCUUAUGAAAAUGAAUAAAACGAAAUUUUCAUUAGUUAAGCUGAAGGCUUUACGAAAAAUAGAGUUUAGCUUUUGUAAGAAAGUCAUAUUAAAAAGUAUGGCAAUUAUAUGUCUGGAUUAUUUAAAGUUUACCCUUCUUUUUAUAAUAGUCAAUAUCUAAAAAUAAAAACAAAAUAUGAAUAAAAAUAAAUUGAUUAAUAAUAAGAUUCAGUUUAGUUUAAUAAAAGAACUUUAAGAUAAGAAAUUCCAAAGUAAGUAAAACAAAUGGACGAAGAGGCAUAAUUAAAUUAUGAAUAAUAUAAAAAACUUAAAGGAACACCAGUUUUAUAUGGAUAAAUAGUUUAGUUUUUACAUUAUAAUUCAAAUAAGUAUUUAUAUUUAGAUUAAAACCAUGUAUCAGAUUACGAAUAUGAUAAUUUAAAAGUUCAAUUAAAAGAAGAAUAUUCAGAUUAGACAUGUUUUAGGAUAUUACCUUGUUUUAGUUAUUAAUAGGAAAAUUAAGGAAUUAUUUAUAAUAAUGAUUUUAUUUAUAUAAAAUCGACAUUAGAGUGUAGAAAUAAUUCAGGUGAAUUAUAUUUGCAUGCGUCUGCUGAUGCAUUAGAUCUAAAUUAAAAAAAGUAAAAACUUUUAAAGAAAAUUUCAAAGUCAAAUACAUCUAAUAAUGAAUCUGAAAAAAAUUAUAAAAAAAAAGAAAUAAAUGCAUCUUCUGAAUAAAAAAGCUAAUGGAAAAUACGAAUAUUUUCAGAAUAUGUAGAUGACAAAUUAUCUGUUUGUGAUAUUAUAUGGAUAAAUUAUUCUGAAUAAGAUGUAUAUAUAAUUUAUGAAUUUUUAUUAUUAUAUAUUUUUUAUUAAAAAAAAAAAAAAAAAAAAAAGUUGAAUUUAAUAACUUAAAAAUACGAUGAAUCAAAUGAAAAAUAUUUAUUAAAAUUUGAAGGAUUUGAAUAAACUGAAAAAUAUUAAAAGUUUAUUGGUAAUUCAAAUGGAAUGUUUAUUAUUUAAAGUUAAAAUAUGCAUAAAGGAGGACUAGUAGAAUGGAAUAAAGAUUAUAAAUUAAGACAUUUAACUACUGGGUUUUAUUUGAGUUUAGGUAAUGUAGUUAGAGGAAUCAAUGAAAUCGAUUUUGGGGAAUAGAAUAAAUUGCUCGUUUUAGUUAAAAACAUUAAAUAAGCUUCUUCGUUUAAAUUUGAGUUAGUUUAAUCUAGUUUAAUCUAGAGAAAUAAAGAACAUUUAACUAAAUAUUUAUAAAAAGAUUCUUAUUUUAGAAUGUCUUGUUUUAAUAAAAAUUAAACUUAUUGGUUAAAAACAGCAGAUUCUAAGGAAUUCGGGGAUAUAAUGUCCUGUUAAUUAGAAGUUUAAAUAUAUCCUGCAUUUUCAACAACUAAAAAAGAGGAGUAUGUAUUUAAAUUAGCUAAAGCUAAUUAGAAUGAAGUUCGUAUGACAUAGUUUUUACUUUCCUGUAGAAAAGUAAUUACUAAAGCUUUCAAAUAUUUAAAUCCAGAAUAUAUUGAGGAGAUAAAAUCUAUGAAUUAUUAGGAAGAAUAUAAUUAAUUUAUUAUUAAAAUUAAUCGAUUGGAGAAAUGUUUGAUUGAUUUGAAUCUAUUUUGUUGCAAUAAAUUAUUGGCUUAUCUCUAUAUUGAUUAGUAAUAUGGAUAAAUUAAUAAUUUUAUUUAAAAUGUAUUAAAAGAGUAACAUUUUGUUGAACUUUUAGUUUCCUUAUUGGCACUUUCUUUUCCGAAAAUUUAAAAUUUAUAAGAAGCUUUAAUUAUUGAAAAUGAAUAUUAAAAUAAAUUUAAAUUUAAUAAUAUAUAUAAUAAUAAUAAUAAUUAAUAAAAUAGUAUAAUUUUAAUAUUAAUUUUUUUUAUUAUUUUUUUUAUUAUUUUUUUAGAUAUUAAUGAAUAUUCUAAAUAUAUAUAAGAAUAAAUAAUUAGAAAAAAGAUAAAGUUUUGUGUUUUAAUUUAUAAAUUAUUAUCAAAUAUAUGCACAAAUAAUUAAAAAAAUUAAGAAAAAGCAUCUUUAUAUCUGCCUUUAUUUGCAGUUUAAUUUCGAUAUAUACCAAGUGCUAUGGACUGUAUAUUAUAAAUAAUAAAUAAUUACUAAGAACUUCUAUUUUAAUUAUAUAGAUUGAAUAAUGACUUCGUAAAAGGAGAGAUAAAAUAUGAGAAAUUAUAAUAAAAAGAGAAAUUAUCAAAAGAAUUUUAAUAAUAGUAUUAAAAAAGAAAAUCGAGUGGGAAAGAGAAUAAUUAUAAUGAGAAAUAUGAAAAGAUGACAUUUUUAUUAAAAGAAAGAAACUAAAUCUUCAAUAAAGAAUAAUGGGAUAUGAUUCAGUAUUUUUGCUUUUUAUUAGUCAAAAGUAAAGAUUUUGGCUUAAAGAAACAAAUUUUAAGGUUUUUAAGUUAAGGAAGUUGCUUUUUUGGGGAAGGAGUUAAUGUUAAUUAAGAGUUGAUAUAUGAGUAUUUAAUUAAAAAUGGUUUAAAUAGAAUUUAUUAAGAGAAUCAUUUAGUUUAAAUUAAAAGCUAAGGAAAAGAUCUUAUUAUUUAUUUAAAUAAUGAUUAAAUUUCUAAUAAUUUAGAAGUUAAUAUAGAAAAAUUAGUCACUUUUUUAGGGAAAAAUAUUAAUAAAAAAUAAAAAAAUGAAAAUGAUAUGUUUGUGUUUAUUUCUUGUCAAAUUGAGUUUCUUGCUACUAUGUGUAAUUCAAGAAAUUAUACAUGGAAAAAUUUUAUUGAAUAAAAUUAUACUUUUAAUGCUUUGGCUGAAACUAUAACUGAAGAAUAAUAUUCGUAUGAUUUUAGAGCUUAGAUAUAUUAAUUAUUAAAUAAACUUUAUAUCGUAUAAGAACCUUAAAAAAUAUAAAAUAUACCAGAAUUAUGCAUGGUAUUAAAAUUUGAAUAAAAAGGAUAGAAAAAAUAAGAAGUCGAAGAAGAAGAAAAUUAUUAAGCAGAUGAAAAUAUUGAGAAAAUAAAAGAUAAGCUAUUAAUUUAUAUAGGUGAAAAAGCGAGAGAAAUAUAAGAAAUAUUCCAUGAAAACCCAAAUUAAAUCAAUGAUGAAAUUAAAAAAAGAGAAAUUUAAUAAAAAGCGGGAAAUAUUUAUAAUAACUUAACUUAUGAAAUACUAAAAAUAGUUUAUUUAUUAAUUUAAUUUGGUUGCUAUGAUAUAAAAAGAGAAAUUUAAAGUCUUUCUUUUAAAUAAAAUAAAUAAGAGCAAGUUUAGGAAAGCCAGAUUUUUAAGAUUUUAUAAUAUGCAAUGACUAUUUUUGAAUAUGAUAAGACUUUUCCGGAAGCUCGGAAAGUUUUGGUUUAGAAAAGAAAGGAAAAAUAAGAAUAAAUAUAGAAUAAAUUACAAGAAUAAGGGAAGAAAAUAUUUUAUGGAGUAACGGGUAUUAUGGGAAAAGCCUUUAAUAUGAUUAAUUUUUUCGAAGUUUUAUAAUAGGAAAAUAACGAGAAAAACAAGAAAAAAAAGAAGGAAAAUAACAUAGAAAUAAUCGCGGAAGACCAGGGCAUUAUAGGCGGAGGUUUUUUGAAAUAAAAUGAUGUUUUAAAGAAAAUUCUAUAGAAAAUUUUAAAUGAAAACCAAGAUGAGUAUGAAUUUAAGAUUAAGUGUUAAAUUUGUAAUAUUUUUGGGAAAUAUUUAGACUAUAAACAUGAUUAUAUGCUUUCUAGGAUUAAAAAUUAGUUUGUUUAUAUUGUUUAGGAUAAGUUUAAUUUAAUUUAAAAGAUCUAGUCUUUUGAGAAUGAUUUUAAAUCUAAAUCGGAAGUUAUUAGGGAAUUCAAAAAAUUCGUUUAGGAUAAUAUUUAGUGCUUUUUUAAUUAGGUUUUAUGCACGGGGACUUGUGUGGAUGAAAUGGGAGAGUUUCAAAAAUAAUUCUAGAGCUUUUUUUUUGAUAAAAGGAAAGAUAAGUUUUCGAAAGAUGGGGAACUUAUUAAUAUUAAUUAAAUUCUUAAUAGUGAAAUAUUUCCAAGUUUAGUCAUGCUCUUUUGCUUUUCGUAAGAUUAUGAGAUGGAGAAGAAGAUUUUAGGGGUUUUGUGUAAAUUUUAUAAUUAAAGAAAUCAAUUGGCGGAUUUACUUUCUUAAUUAAUACUUUUAUUUGAUGAGGGAAAUCAAAAAAUACACGAAAUUACGAAGUUUAAGUUAAAGAAAUUGACGAAGUUUAUAGAAGAAAGUGAGAGUUGGAUGAGUAGUUUAAAUAAUGAAGGAAAUUUAGAGAUAUUGGAAAAGACUAGAAAUGAUUUUGAUUUUUUCGGGAAGAUUUUAAUUAAGAAUAGUUAGGUACGAGUUAUUUAGAAUAAUUAAAAGAGCGAAGAUUAGUAUGAGGUUUUUAUUGAAAACGAGAAUGAAAUCGACUUUAUUAGAUAGAAGAUUUUAUAUCAUAAUAAAGUAUAUGAACUGGCAAUUAAUUUAAUUAAAGAUUCGGUUCAUAUAUUAUAAGGAGAAGAGGAAAAAAGAAAAAAAAAUAACUAAAAUAUCCAAACAAAUAUUUAUUGUUCCAAAAUGAGGGAACUUUUUAAAUCGUGUUUUUUUUUCCUAAAAAACUUUGUAAAAUAUAAUACUUUUAAUUAAGAAAUUCUCUCCGAAAAUUUAGUUAGUCUUUUAUAAGCUCUACCAUUUAAUGUGGGUUUAAGUGAACUCUAUUGUGAGAUUUUUCAGAAUAAUAAACAUAUUUGUUUGAGUAAAUAAACUGAAAUAACAGAUGACUUUAUUAAAUUAAUUAUAAGUAAUGGAAGAUAGGCUAAAUAUUUAGACUUUUUCUUGAUUAUUUAGAAAACUAAUAAUGAGUAUUUAAUUAAAAAUUAAAAAUUAGUCUUAAAUCUAUUCCUAGACCCUAAAUAUAAACAUAUACUAUUAUAUUUAGAUAACGAUAAAAAUUAAAACAAGACUAAAGGAUAUACCUUUAGUUUCCAAAAAUAAUAUGAAGAAGAUGAACCGUAUGUUUAUCAUGCAAAAUUAUUAGAUGUUUUAGCUUUUACGACUAUAGGGAAAGAAGGAAUGUAUAUGAGUGAGUAAAAGUUAAGGCAAAAUAUCAAUUUAAAAUAUGUAUUUGAAUUGUUAAGUCAAAAAGAUGAACUUUGUGAGGGGAUAAUGGAGUAAAUAGGUCUUUUAAAAAUUCCUUUAUUGAAAUAUAUAUAUUAUACGUUUUUAGAAAGUGAGAAAAUAUCAGAUGAGUUUGUGAAAUAUAUAGAAGAUUUUAUUAGAUUUAUUUAAAAGGAAAAUUAAAGGAUUUUAAGUUAGGAGAAAUUUUCAAAAUUUUUUUAUGUUUAUUUUGAUAUAUUUUUAUUUGUUUUACAUAGUUAUAAGGCUAUUUUUUCAUAAGAUAAGGAAUUUUCAAAUAAAUUAUAGAAUUAAAUAAAUAGUGAAAUACAUAUAUUAAUUGAAAAUAUAAUAAAAAAAAAAUUAGUAUUUGUAAAUGAGAAAUAUUAUUUUGAUUAAAAUGAAAUUAAUUAUCGGGAAUUCGAAAUAUAUAGAAAUAGAUGGAGAAAAUUUAUAGCUUUGAUUGGAGGUUUUAAAGUUAAUAAUAUAAUAAUAAAUGAAAAUAGUGGUUUUUUAUAAAUAGAUUAUAAUAAUAAUAAUAAUAAUAAUAAUAAUAAUAAUUAUAAUAAUAAUAAUAAUAAUAAUAAAUUGUAUAAAAAAAUGGCAAUGGUUGAUAGUCCUUAAAAUGCAAAUAAUAUUUAUAAAAACAAUACUGAUAGAAAAACUAAUAAUAAUAUUUUUUUUUAACUUGGUAAUUUUAUUAAAAAAGAAUAAAUAGAAAUUGAUCCUGAUGUUUAUUUAUUUAAUUAAUGUAUAAACUAAAAUGAGAUAUGGUAAAUUUUAUGGAACAUAUUUUUGUAGACAUUUUUAAAUUCUGAAAAAUUAGUAGAUUUAAUAAAAGUUGAAUAGAAAAUUUUUGCUUUAGCACUUGAUAAAGUUGAGUAUAUUUUUCAGAAAAUUCCUAUUAUAAACGAAAUUAUUAACAAAGGUGAAAUUUUCCGAAAAUUGAUUAAUUUUCUUGAAAAAGCUCAUAAUGAUAAUACUUGUACCAGUACAUUUAAACUAGUAUUGAAUGUUUUGGGUAAUUUUAUAGAAAUAGAUGAUUAUAAAUUAUAAAAUGAGUAAUAUGAAUAGGAUUAGGACAUAAUAGAGUCUUUAAAAAAGGAAAAUAUUGAGAAAAAUUAGAAUUUUUUAAACCAAUAUGGGGCUACUUAGAUGAUAUUUAAUUAAUUAAGUGAUUAUUCGAAUAUGGAAUGGUCCGAAGAGUUAUUUAUUUAUAUAAUUUAAUUCGGAGUCAAAUUAUUAUAUGACGGAAACAAGGAAGUUUAGAAGAGUAUUUUUAAUUAUUUUAUGAAUUUUACUUAAAGUGAGGUAUUUUUUAAGACAAUUCAUAAAUAUAUAAAUGAUGAAAUACAAAAAAUAAAACGGGAAAAAACUAAUACUAAUAAUAGUUAAGAAAUUACAAUAUUCAAUUUCUAAAAAAAAGAUGAUGUAAUUUUAACUAUUUUAAGGUUCCUUUAAUUAUUGGCAGAAGGCCAUUAUUUAGACUUGUAAAAAUAUAUGAGAUUAUAAACCCAAAACUACCACAAUUAUGACCUUUUAGAGGCCAUAAUAGGACUUUUAAAUGCCUAUUUUUUUAAAAAAUAGGAAAAAUAUAUCAAAAAUAUGACUUAAUGUUUCGAUACAUUGACUGAAUAUAUCCAAGGACCUUGUAAAGAGAAUUAGAUGGCACUUAUAUAGGACAAUUUUUUAGAUUUGGCGUCUAGUUUGCUUAGUAUUGAUGAAGUUAUGGAAGAUUAGGAAGCUGAAAAGGCCCUUCCUAAAUGGGAAAUCGCUAAAUUGAAGUAUAAAUGCUCGAUUACAUUGAUAUCUUUGCUAGAAGGGAGAAAAAAAGAAGAUGAUAUAGUCGUUAAGAUGAUAAAAAGCAUCAAUUAUGAAAUUAUAAAGAGAAAUAUAGUCGAUAUAUACCAUUUAUAUAAGAUAAUCGGGAAAUAGAAUUAUAAUAAGGAGCUUUUUAAUCAUUUUGAUGAUGAAUAAAAUGAAGAAAAUUAAUAAGGAUUUAUAAUAGAAACUGGGUUUAAUUUAUAUAUUAUAUUGAGUAUUUUUAAUGAGGAAGAGGAAAAUUAUUAAUAGGAAAAUAAAUUGAAAAAAAGGAAAAAAAAAAGAGAAAAAACCACUAAUAUAUUAAAAAAUAAUCUAGUUUUGGAUAUUUUUGGAUUAGCAUUUACUAUGGCAAAAGGAAUAAAAGAUAUGGUGCAAGAAUAGGCAAAUAAAGUGCAUUUUUUAGUAAAAAAUAAAGAUAUUGGGGAUGAUAUUUAGACUAUUAAGAUUAAAUAGAAGGCUUUAAGGGAACUUUUAAUGCAAGAAGCAGUUUAAUUCUUUUAGUAAAAUACAUUACAUAUAGAGGUUUUGAGAGAAGGAGAUAAUUACUUGGAAAAAACUUAUUUUUAUUGUCCGUAUUUUUGUAAAGAUUUAGAUAAAUAAACUAAAAAAAAAUUCAAUAUGAAUGCAAAUAGAAUUUCUGUUAAAAGCAAAGUUACUAGUUUAAUGUAAGAAAGUUAAAAUUUAAUUAAAGUAAUGAGACAUAAUUAUAAUUUAAAUAGUUAACUUAAAAAAAUACGGAUUUUACAUAUUUUAAGUUAAUAAAUUAAUCUUUUAAGAGAUAUAGCUUUUGUAUUAGCAAUAGCUAUAAAUUUAAUGGUUCUUUUUAGUUUUUAAAGAGAUGAAAAUAAAUAAAUAGUUAAUUUAUAUACUUAAAAAUAUAUUACCACUAUAGGUAUUAUUCUUAUAGUUUUAACUUUAAUUAUUGUCCUUUAUUUUCUAUUACUUACAGCUCCUAUAUUGAUAAUGAAAGCUUGGGAAGGAGUGGUAUAUAUUAUAUAUAUUUAAUAUAUUAUAUAUUUUUUUUUUAAGAAAAAGGACAAAAUAAAUCUUUUAAAAUACAUUAUAAGAUUUAUUAAAACUAUUUAUUUAUUACUCUCUGAUUUUUAUGUACUUUAUUAUAUUAUUUAUGGUAUAACUGCUAUAGUUGGACUUUCAUAUACACCAUUUUUUUUUGUUUUUCAUUUAUUUGAUAUUUUGGUCCGUUUUCCAGAGCUUUUAAAUGUCGUAAGAUCUGUAUAUAUACCCAGAAAACCUAUUAUGUAUACAUAUUUCCUAUUUUUAGUACUUUUAUAUGUUUUUUCACUAUUUGGAUAUUAUUGGUUAAGAGAAUCAUUUCCACCUACUUUUUGUGAGAGUGUUUUUACCUGUCUUUUGACAACAUUUGAUAAAUGUUUUAAAUAUGAUGGUGGUUUAGGAGGUUAUUUAAAUAAUUUAGAUUAAAUUGAAGAUGAGAAGAAUAGUACAACAUAUUUUUUAAUAAGAUUUUUUUAUGAUAAUAUUUUCUUUAUUAUUUGUAUGAUUAUAAUGAUAAAUAUUGUUUCAGGUAUUAUUAUUGAUUAGUUUGGUGAAUUAAGAGAUAAAUUAAAAGAAUAUGAAUAAGAUUUAAAUAAUAAAUGCUUUAUUUGUAAUUUUUCUAGUGAAGAAAUUGAAAAAGAAUCUGAUUAAAAUUAAGAUUUUAUCACUCAUAUUAGAUAAGAUCAUUGUAUGUGGAAUUAUUUAUAUUACAUAGCAUAUCUUUAAGAUAAAAAAUAAACAGAAUAUACCGGUAUUGAAAGUUAUGUAGCUGAGAAAAUUGAAAAAGAAGAAAUCGGAUGGUUUCCUAUUAAUAGAGCUUUAUGUAUGAAUAAAAGAAUGUAAGCAAAGGAAAAUUAAGAAGUUAUAAUUUCAUUAAAGGAAAUGAAUAAAUCUUAACUUAUAAUUAAAGAUACUCUUAAUAUUCUUAAUUAAACUGUUGAUAAAAUAUCUUAAAAAGAAAAUAAUUAUGUUAAUAAUGAUUAUAUUACUAGUCUUUAUUAGAAAUAUAAAAAUAAAAAAGUUAAUUUUGUUUAUAGUUUAAAUAACUUAAGUGAUAAAUCAAAUUGA